UCGCCACUCCGCUCCCACUCCAAAGCAAGCUCGCCUCCUCUCUCGCUCUUCUCCACUUCCGCCAUGGCCACCGGUAGCGCCUCGUGGUAGCUAUAGCUAGAGGCCAGAUCCCGCGGGGGGGAGCAGGGAGGGCGGGCUGAGCUUGCGGGGAGGCGAGGGCGCGCGGGGGCCAUGGGGGGCUGCCACGCCAAGCCGCUCACGCACGACGAGGGCGAUGGCUCGCCGCCGCACGCGCCGCCGGCCACGCCGCCGCCUCCCGGCUCGGCCGUUGGCACCCCGGCCGUGAAGAAGCCCUGGGCGUCGCCCUUCUUCGGGUUCUCGACGCCCAGCCCCAGCCCGGCGCACCACCUCUUCUCCUCGUCCAAGGCCUCCCCGAGGCGGUCCCCGGCCCCGGGCUCCGCGCCCACCACCCCGGCGAGGCGGCUCCUGCGGCUGCCGUUCCCGCCUCCGUCGCCCGCCAAGCACAUCCGCCAGGCGCUCGCCCGCCGGCACGGCCCCCCGCGGCCGUCGAUUCCCGAGGAGGGCGGCGAUGGGGACGGCGAGUGCGGGCGGGGGCUCGACAAGGGCUUCGGCUUCAACAAGGGGUUCGCGGCGAAGUACGACAUGGGCGACGAGGUCGGGAGGGGCCACUUCGGCUACACCUGCUCCGCGAAGAUCAAGAAGGGGGCGCGCAAGGGGGAGGCGGUCGCCGUCAAGGUCAUCCCCAAGGCAAAGAUGACGACAUCCAUUGCUAUAGAGGAUGUCCGAAGGGAGGUGAAAAUAUUGAAAGCUUUGGCGGGACACAAGAACUUGGUUCAAUUUUAUGACGCCUAUGAGGACAAUGAUAAUGUGUAUAUAGUAAUGGAGUUGUGUGAGGGAGGUGAGCUUCUGGAUAGAAUACUUUCCAGAGGUGGGAAGUACUCCGAGGAUGAUGCAAAAGCUGUCCUGGUGCAAAUAUUAAAUGUUGUUUCAUUUUGCCACAUUCAAGGAGUGGUUCAUCGGGAUCUCAAGCCCGAGAAUUUUCUAUUUACUUCAAAAGAUGAGGAUUCUCAACUUAAGGCUAUUGAUUUUGGGUUAUCAGAUUUUGUAAAACCAGACGAGAGGCUAAAUGAUAUUGUUGGUAGUGCUUAUUAUGUUGCUCCGGAAGUUCUGCAUAGAUGCUAUAGCACAGAAGCUGAUGUCUGGAGUAUAGGUGUAAUUGCAUAUAUCCUCCUUUGUGGCAGUCGUCCAUUUUGGGCACGCACUGAAUCUGGCAUAUUCCGUUCUGUUCUCAAAGCUGAUCCCAGUUAUAAUGAGGCACCUUGGCCUUCCCUUACUCCAGAAGCAAUGGAUUUUGUUAAGCGCUUGCUUUGCAAGGAUCCACGUAGAAGGAUGACAGCAGCACAGGCUUUAAGUCAUCCGUGGAUCAGAAAUUACAAUGACAUUAAGCUGCCACUGGACAUCCUUAUAUUCCGACUUAUCAAAGCUUAUAUCCGUUCCUCAUCAUUGCGAAAAGCUGCUCUGAGGGCUCUAUCCAAGACUUUGACUGUUGAUGAGCUUUUCUAUCUGAAGGGACAAUUUUCUCUGUUGGAACCAGACAGAAAUGGAUGCAUCACUCUAGAUAAUAUCAGAAUGGCCUUAACAAGAGAAGCCACUGAUGCUAUGAAGGAAUCACGAGUUCAGGAGAUUCUUGCAUCGUUGAGUGCUCUUCAGUACAGAAGAAUGGACUUUCAAGAGUUCUGUGCAGCAGCACUUAGUGUGCACCAGCUUGAAGCAUUGGAUAGAUGGGAGCAACAUGCCCGAUCUGCUUAUGAUUUUUUCGAGAAGGAUGGCAAUCGAGCUAUUGUAAUUGAUGAGCUAGCUUCUGAACUGGGUCUCAGUCCUUCAGUACCGUUGCAUGUUGUUCUGCAAGAUUGGAUCAGGCACACCGAUGGGAAAUUGAGUUUCCUUGGAUUUGUCAAGCUAUUGCAUGGCAUGUCCAGCAGGUCCCUGUCAAAGAUGAGAUAGCUGUUGAUAAUCUCUAACGGCAGCACAAAUUUAUGCUGCCUAGCACCUGCUGAAUCGGUCCAGGCAAGUUCACAGGGUGAAAGAAACACGAUUGGAGUCCACAGACCGAAGUUAAACAGCUUGUGCUAGCAGUGCUUGGUUUGUCACUAAUUUGAGUAUAGAGUUCAGUUUGUUGUCGCCUGUCUACUGAUCAUCAUCAUUUUAGUUGAUAGGAAAACGAGAAAAACCUCACCCAUGUCUGCAACAUGUGAUGUCUCUAACAGUCUUUAGGAUAGCCAUCCUGUUCAGUUGUUGGGACUGUCCCAUUUGUAUUGUGAACAAACAUUGUAAAAUUCCCUGGUUCCUCUGGAACUGAACCGAAGUCGCCUGCUGUAAGGAAGUAAGGAUCAUGUUUGAGGGUGGUGGCGUGGUGCAAUGCUGCCAUUACCAGUGUGAUGUUAUACUGAUUCAGAUUAAAAAAUGUGGUAUUUUUGUGGUGUUC